AAACCUUCCCUCCUUAUUUAGUUUCUCCUUAUUCAGUUUCCUAUUGCAUAAUAAUACAUUCUCCUAAUUUCCUAUAUCUUCUUCGUCGUCCAUGGCUGCAGAGACAACAAAGAAAUAUGCAGUUGUUACAGGAGGAAAUAAAGGAAUUGGAUUUGAGAUCUGUAAACAAUUAGCAUCAAAUGGAAUUACAGUGAUUUUGACUGCAAGAGACGAGAAGAAGGGACUCCAAGCUGUGGAGAAAUUGAAAGAAUGCGGUCUCUCUGAUAAUAUAGUUUUUCAUCCACUUGAUGUCACUGAUCAAACUACUAUUUCCUCUCUUGCCGAUUUUGUCCGAACCCAGUUUAGAAAGCUUGACAUCUUGGUGAAUAAUGCAGGGAUUGCUGGAGCCCUGGUGGAUGGUGAAUCUCUAAGAGCUGCAACGCUUGGCAAGGAAUUCUCAGAAAUUAAUUUUGGAGAAGUAAGGGCUGUUUAUACUUAUGAAUUAACGGAAGAAUGUCUUCAAACAAACUAUUACGGUGCAAAGAGAAUGUGUGAAGCAUUUAUUCCUCUGCUUGAAUUAUCAAAUUCACCCAGAAUUGUUAAUGUUUCUUCAACGAUAGGCAAGUUAGAGAAUCUAUCAAAUAAAUGGGCAAAAGAAAUGUUAAGUGAUGCAGAAAAUCUUACAGAAGAAAAAAUUGAUGAAGUAUUGAAUGCGUUUCUAAAAGAUUUUAAAGAAGAAUCGUUAAAAUUUAAAGGUUGGCCUUCUUUUUCUGCUCCAUAUAUAAUGUCAAAAGUAACAAUGAAUGCAUAUACGAGGAUUUUAUCAAAGAAAUAUCCGUCAUUUUGUGUUAAUAGUGUUUGUCCUGGAUUUGUCAAAACAGAUAUUAGUAAUAAUAUCGGCAUCUUAUCUCCGAAAGAAGGCGCCGAAAGUCCUGUAAAACUAGCAUUAUUGUCUGAUGGUGGUCCUUCUGGUCUCUUUUUCAUUCGUAAAGAAGAGUCAUCAUUUUAAUUUAUUAGUAAUUUA